CCAAUAGCCAAGAGAGUUCUUCCCAGGUGCUGUUGAUCAACGCGAAGGCUGACGUCUGACUAGUUACAUCUACGGCGCUGCACGAUGUAACUAAAUUGUAAUAAACUUACACAUUGUGAAGUAAAUUGACCACCAUCUACUCUUGGAUCAUUUCUCACCCGAGGAGAGAAAACAUGGUUGUGAUUUUAAUCGCUUUCCUCCUGGUGUGCGCGGGCUCAUUGAACAAGACUUUCCUCGCGGCUGCUCAGACUUGUGUGGAUGAGAGCAGGUUUCAGGAACAGGUGAUUCUUGUGGGACAACAGGGGCCUCCAUAUCGGCUCAACUGCCCUCUAGAGUCUGUUCAGUCCCAGAACGCCCCACAAAUCCACCUGUCCUGGCAGAAGGACUGUCAGCAGCUCCACAGUCAGGAGGGAAAGGCCUACCUGGAGUUCACCAACCUCAGCUUGAAAGACCAAGGGAAUUACACCUGUAUGCAACAGGGGAACAGCACCAUCUCAUUCACUGUGCAUCUCAUAGUUAAGGAGCCGCAAUGCUCCAAAGCUCCAGAAUUCAAAUCUAAUGGAGGCCUGACUGAAAUGUGGAGAAGUGUCGGAUCCACAGUGGAAAUGAACUGCUCUGCUCUCCUCUUCUGGGACCCUCACGAGGAGCACUGUGAUACUGCACUGCAGUGGAGUAAAGAUGGCCAGCCUCUUACAAACCUCACACUUUACAUGCAGAAUACCUCCUCAUGGUCUCCUGCUGUUGGUCAGCUGAUGAUAAACAGUUGGUUGGUGAUCACCAUCAGGGACCUGGAAGACUAUGGGCUCUACAGCUGCACAGUGAGGAAUAUUUCAUCUGAUUUCCACUUACAGAACUCAAACAGCCCCAGCCACACAGCUGCUGUUAUUGCAGCCAUUAUACUCCUCCUCUUCCUGGCUAUAGCUGCUGUCGUGUACUCCAGGUGUCAACUCAACAUCAAACUGUGGUACAAGAAUUCUUACGGAGAGUACGAACUCAAUGAUGGGAAAUUAUACGACGCCUACAUAUCUUAUGUGAGCAAUGACUAUGACAGGAAGUUUGUCAAGUUUAUUCUCAAACCUCAUCUGGAAAAGAAAAAUGGAUACAAGGUGCAUCUUAACGACAAUGACAUCUUACCUGGUGGAGAACCGUCUGCAGAACUGCUCAUGAACAUGAGUCGAUCUCGGCGUCUCAUUGUGCUGCUCUCUCAUGCUUACCUGGAGCAGGACUGGUGCUACAAUAACUUCAGACAGGGCCUUCUGCACUUGUUAGAAAUAUGCCAGCAGCCCAUCCUCAUCAUGCUGGAGGGCCAGUCCAAGCUCUUGAGGCCUGAGAUCAAGCGGCAGCUCAGUGAACACCAGCACUGCUUCACCAUACUCACCUGGAGGCAAAACUCUGUGACUCCUUCCUCAGUCUUCUGGAAGCAGCUCAGGUUUGUCUUCCACAGCAAGUCAGCAGGAGAUCCUCAGAUUGCACUGCAAGAUGAUAAGGACCCCAUGCUGACUGUUGACCCUGACUACCUGGACUGUCGCUCAGACACUGACCCUGCUGGAGAUCUGGGGCUUCGUCUCCCUGUGCACAAGACUCUGGCCUGUAAAGCUCCUGUCCUCCCUGCUGCUCCCACCGCAGCAGUUGAGCCCAAACCCUCAGACAUCGACGUGUCGGACCUGGGAUCACGCAACUAUGGAACCCGCUCAGACUUCUACUGCCUGGUCACUGAGGACCUUUGACCCAUACCCCUCCCCCAAAGUCUUGCUCAUCUCUUAAAAUGUCUGCCUACACUUUGUCCAUUUCUCACCAAACACAGCAAAUGUUUAGUAUUUUAUACUGUUGCAUAAAAUGUUUUAUGGGAAAUGUUACAAGAAAUUAUCAGAAAUAUAGUAAUGUGUAUAUUGAGUUUUUCAUUGUCUUCACAUGAUGUGUCUGUUAGGCUCCCAACAGAGGGCAGAGUAGUCAGACAACAUGAAGGAAUUCUGAUUUUUAAGCGGUUUCUCUUCACCUGGCAACUGACGGUACACAGAUGGCUGGGACAGAACGAAUCAGAUUUGAACCUUGAAAACUGAUUUGAACUUUAGUCAUCUGAAACAGCAGGACAUCCAUGACUACACAGGUGGGGUCUGUGUGUACACUGUAAACUGACAACAUCAUACUGCAACAUCACGACAAUCGCACUAAUAAAGCAGAUUAACAAAAAAAGCAGGCUAUUUCUCUACAGUCUCAUCAUGAUCUCUGUCCUCAUGGAAUAAUGAUUACCUGCAGUGAAAUAAGAGCCUAAAUAAGGGCGCAGCAGGGAGCGUAUUGUUCUGGUCUGAGCGGGAGCAAAUGUGUAAACAGGGAGUGGCCGACAUUUUACCACCUUCGUGUCAGUCUGUUGCAGCUACAAGAAACGCUGCAGCACAGAUACAUGAGAAACGUUUAGAAAGUGAUUUAACUUCCAAAUCCGUCUCUUUAUUAAUUGAAAAAUAUACAGAUAAGACAUAUAUACAAGGCAAAAGUAAAAAUUAAAACAGUUUUAAACUCCCAUACAGAACCACAAGGUCACCAUUUAUAUCGCAGAGCAGUAGUCACUGUUCCUGAUUUGUCUUUUUUUUUUUUUUUUUU